GUCUUCGUGCAAGGGUUAGUGAGGUCCGAGACUUCAGACGCGCUAAAUAGAACUUUGUGUUAAAUCCUCCUUAGUGAAUCAUGGCGUCUUUACAUACAUUUUUGACGUCUUCUUUUGUUUUCUUUUGCGUGAUAAAUGGCGGCUUAUUUAAAGAAAUUCCGAGUUACAUCCAAGUGUGCAAGCGAGACCCUGCCACAAUCAACGAUUGCGUGAAGAAGUCCAUCGAAGCGCUGAGACCACAGAUAUCAACUGGAAUCCCCGAGCUGGAUGUGCCUAGCCUGGAACCCUUCUUUAUUCCUGAGAUCAAAGCCCUGACAGCUGACAACACGCCUCUUCGUGCCACAGGUCACAACAUCAAGGUCACUGGUGCUGGCAGCUUCGUUAUCAAGAGUUUGACGGUGGAUCUCGACACGUUGAAGAUUAAGGCUCGCGUCCGCUUCCCCAAGCUGCACUUCGAAGGCCAGUACAAACUGGACGGUCAGGUCCUCAUCGUGCCCCUGAAGGGAGAAGGAAACCUUAAUGCUGAUGCUGUGAAAUGCGACGCUGAGCUGGUCCUCCACACGCAGAUUGUCAACAAGGACGGAGUAGACUACGUGAAGUUCAAGAAGAUUGACACCGACAUCAACAUCAAGGAUUACAGGGUCAAGCUCGACGGACUCUUCAACGGAGACAAGAACUUAGGUGAGGCUGCAAACCAAGCCAUUAACCAGAACCGUGGCGAAAUCCUGAGGGCCACCAAACCUCAUUUAGAGAAGACUGUCUCAACGAAUCUUCUGGAAGCCGCCAACAACGUGGUCGAAGGUCUAACGUUAGACCAGCUGCUGCCCAAACCUUAGACUAGUUCCUAAAGUACGUCUAACUUAGAUUUAUGAGCUCACUGUGAUUUUUACUCGUUGAUAAAAGUGUUUAUAUUAUUCUUUUUCUACAUUUGUGAACAUGUACUUAAAGUCCUAUUAUUAAAAGAAACUUCAGAAGUCAUUUUGCCUAUUAAUGUGUUAGCCGAAAUGAGUAAAGACGUCUUUGAAAAGUGGUUUAGACAUGUCAUUCGCAGUUUGGUAGAAAGAGAUUAAUGUAUUAAAAAUACUAUUUCAUUGAAGUUGUAGCGCAAUUUGUAUUUCGUUAUUUUUUAUGACAAAUAAAUUAUAUUUGAAGUAAAAUUGA